AUGCACCCCUCAGCAACAGACCCUCCGACCGUCCCCUCAUCCACCCCUCCCAGCAAUGCCAGCGGCAACAGCCAAGAAACCUCCGCCGCCUCCUCAAAAGUCAAGAUGCCCAUCCCCAAGCCCCCCGUCUUCGAAGACAAGGUCAAAGAACAAGAGUACCUAAAGGGCCGUCUGGCCGCGGCAUUCCGCAUCUUCGGCAAGAACGGCUAUGACGAGGGAGUCGCCGGCCACAUAACCCUCCGCGACCCAAUCGACCCCAGCACCUUCUGGGUAAACCCAUUCGGCGUCGCGUUCAGCCAGAUCAAAGCGUCGGAUCUGAUCCAGGUCGAUCACUCGGGGAAUGUCAUAGCCGGCGGGCCGUGUCGGCUCCUCAAUGCCGCGGCAUUCAUGAUUCACUCUGCGAUCCACGCAGCCAGGCCCGAUGUCCUGUGUGCGGCGCAUAGUCACAGUCUCUAUGGACGGGCGUUCUGUACGCUCGGGCGGGAACUGGAUAUCAUCACGCAGGAUUCGUGUGCUUUCUACAAUGACCACGUCGUAUACCGCCAAUUCAACGGCGUCGUGCUCGCCGAAGAGGAAGGGCGGAAUAUCGCGUCUGCCCUGGGCUCGAAGAAAGCUGCGCUCCUGCAGAACCAUGGUCUGCUUACUGUGGGCAAGACGAUUGAAGAGACAGUCUUCUGGUUCGUUAGUCUGGAGAAGUGCUGUCAUGCGCAGUUACUUGCUGAUGCGGCGGCUGCGGGACGCGGAGGCGCGACGGUCAAGAUCGAUGAGGCGGACGCGGCGUUUACAUAUAAGACUGUUGGCACGCCGAUGGCAGGGUACUUCAGUGCGAAGCCGCUUUUUGAUGUUGUGCAUGAAGAGACGAAGGGUGCGUAUUUGAAUUAG